AUGCAACGUGGCCACGCUUGCAAGCAGCCCCAGCUCCCUUGCCUGAUCCCCAGUCAGGCGUCCGGACGGAACGAACCCGCGACAAGCAGAGGCCACCACACCUGUAUUUGUGAACUAAAGAAGCCCAAGUGUUGAGAGAAGAGAAACUGGAAACAUACACUCUGCUUUGAACCAUACUUUGCCUAUCAUAUUCUUCAAUGAGUACAUGAGAAGCCUCCAUUGCAGAUUGGAACCCAUUUGGGAAAAGGGUUAAUUUGUGUGUGUGCCUCUUACUGUACGUGAAGAUCAUUAAGGCUAUUGGAUAAUGUUUUAUUUCCUCCUUCUGUGUGUGUGAUUCUAAAUAUGCAAGUUUAUAUAUCUGAUUGAGACCAAAUUCAGCAAACCGAAAACAGGCAAGAACAGAUGAACAUACUAGCAAGCACUCCUUUUUGAGUGUUAGCAAUUUUUCAGCACAACUGUUUGAAUUUAAAGUGUAGAAGCAUCUAUACUUGUGAAUACCCAAUAGUGUGAAGGAAGCAUUUUUGUGAGUGUAUUUGUACACAGUAAUAAAUGAAGAUUGUUGGCCCAUGAAUGAAUAAUGUCAGAGAACGGAAGGUGUGUAUAUUUGUUAACACCGAAGUACCUGUAAUAUGUUAUUUUUGGUGGUAAAGAGGGAGUAAGAAUACCACCAUAAAUGUUAACACAAGCAUUCUCCCAUUAGUGUUAAUACUAAUGAGUUACGAUUUGAUUUUUGGUGUAAUUAAUAACAUUUAUUUGUUACAGAUAAAACUUUACAUUUUUAAAGGUCAUUUAGAAAGACUGGUCAUUCUUGGCCAUCUUCUUAUUUUUAAAGGCUUUAUAAAACAACUUUUAAAAGCAGUGUAAAAAUAAAGGAAUAUUAAUGUGUUCUAAUUUAAAAGAAUAAACUGCCAAUGCAUUGGGGUUUUAAAAAUAACAUUCCAGUUGCCAAUUAAUGGGCAAAAAACCUAUGAAUACUCAACCGUGCACUUUCUGUUUGUCCAGAAUUGCACUUCACAAGAGCAUGUGCUAGAACAGGCAGUUGUGUCCUCACUGUGUGUAUUUGUGUAUGCACAUCCAAAUCACAAGUCUGAAAGUGUGUGAAUGUGCAAGGAUCUAUUUGUGUGCACUCUGUGUGUGUGUGUGUGUGUGUGUGUGUGUGUGUGUGUGUGUGUGUUGAAUAACUGCACCAUCAAUGGAGAAGUCCAAAGCAGACCUAGAAUCUGUAGCGACCCCUGAAGAUGAAUCCAACCAAGAUCUGCUCUCCGAAGAGUCUGCUGCCCGACCUGCCUGGGGAUCAAAGGCCCAAUAUAUCCUGGCCCAGGUUGGCUUUUCUGUUGGGCUUGGCAACGUCUGGCGGUUUCCCUAUCUCUGCCAUCAAAAUGGGGGAGGUGCUUUCCUGCUGCUGUACCUGUUGCUCCUCUUUGUCAUUGGGAUCCCCCUUUUCUUCUUGGAAUUGGCAGCGGGACAAAUUAUCCGACAGGGCAGCAUUGGGGUCUGGAAGUACAUCAGUCCCCGCCUGGUGGGCAUUGGUUUUGCAAGCUGUGUGGUUUGUUCCUUUGUUGCUCUAUAUUAUAAUGUCAUUAUUGCAUGGAGUCUUUUCUACUUGGCUAACUCCUUCCAGUUUCCUCUGCCUUGGAACGACUGCCCAGAAACAGUCAACCAAACUGUCCCAGAAACAGAGUGUCUGGAGAGUUCUGCCACUGUCUACUUUUGGUACCGUAAGGCUUUGCAUGUGACCAAUUCCAUUGAGGAGAGUGGAGGUCUUGAUCCAGCACUUACUGGCUGCCUCUUUGCUGCUUGGGUUCUGGUGGGUCUGGCGAUGAUUAAAGGCAUCAAAUCCUCUGGCAAGGUGCUGUAUUUCAGUUCUUUGUUCCCCUACGUGGUUCUCUUUUGCUUCCUGAUAAGGGCACUUCUGCUAGAAGGGGCUGCUGAUGGAAUCUGGAUCAUGUUUACACCAAAGCUGUCCAUCUGGGGAGAUAUGCAGGUUUGGCGUCAGGCAGCCACCCAGGUGUUCUUUGCCCUGGGCCUGGGCUUUGGCACCAUCAUCGCCUAUUCCAGCUACAACCCCCGCCACAACAACUGCCACUUUGAUGGGCUGCUUGUGGCCUUGGUCAACUUCCUUACCUCAGUCCUAGCCACACUGGUUGUGUUUGCUGUGCUGGGUUUCCGUGCCAACAUCAUUGCACAGAAGUGCGCUGAGAGGAAUACAGAAGUUCUUGCACAACUAGCAUUGAAUGGCUCCCUCUCUGUUGUCCUUCCUGAAAACUUCACAUAUUACUCUGCCUCACAGUAUAGUGCCUGGUAUCAGGAGCUCCAAAACAACACAGAGCAGCAGCUACUCCUGCAGAAGUGGGAGAUUGGAGACUGCCGUGCAGAGGAUGAAAUGCACAAGGGUGUGGAGGGUACAGGCCUAGCUUUCAUCGCUUUCACAGAGGCCAUGACACUGUUUCCAACUGCCCCUUUCUGGUCUGUGCUAUUCUUUUUCAUGCUGCUGAACUUGGGGCUGAGCACCAUGCUGGGGAACAUGCAAGGGAUCAUCACUCCUCUGCUGGACAACUUCCACAGUCUCCAGCGUCGACGGACCCUUUUUACAGUGCUGUGUUGUAUUGUUGGAUUCCUGUUUGGCCUGGUUUUCGUUCAACGCUCAGGCAAUUAUUUUGUCACCAUGUUUGAUGACUAUUCAGCCACUCUUCCCCUACUUAUAGUUGUGGCUUUUGAAGCUUUUGCUGUGGCCUGGAUCUAUGGAGCUGACAGAUUCUUAGGUGACAUAGAAAAAAUGCUAGGAUGGCGCCCUUGGAGAAUCUACAAGUACAUGUGGCGCUUUGUGAGCUUGGCAUCAAUGUUGUGCCUGCUGAUAGCAAGUUUGGUACGCAUGAUUUUGAAGCGGCCCACCUACCGGUCCUGGAACAGAGAAAAGGCAGAGGAACAGCAACUGGAAUACCCACCAUGGGCCAUGGGCGUUUUGUUCAGCCUUAUUGUUGUGGCUGCUCUUCCAAUCCCGGUUAUGUUCCUUCGGCAGCUGGUGAUAGAAUGGUUUUCUCGGCGCAGCAGAAGGUCCGGCUUGGCAGUGGAACGCGUGCCAACAGAGGAAGAAUAUGAGGCAGAAGAAAAAGAGAGCCCAGCAGAUCCAGAUCACAAAGGCAAUGGAUAUGUGUUGGUCCAGGCAGAAGACAGGCAGGAUUAGUUGCGACUUCCCUUAGGAAUGUGCCCCACGUGCGGUGCGAUUGUUCCAGCUCCUGGAUCAUGAAGACUGCUGCUGAUUUUUUUCCAGCCUCUGAUAUCUUUGAUAAGGAGAGACAUGAUUUUUAGCCCCACUCCUCCAUGGUGCUAUAUUUAUAGGGUAGGAAAAGAGAGCUUCCAAACACAUGACACUCCCAAUCCAGCCUAGAGAGUUUCUUCUGCUCUUAUCUCCUAGAUAAUGUGAUUGGAGAUAACACAUUAUUUAAAGACUGAUCACAUUCUGAGCUCAGGUUUUUAGACUGGCAGUGGUUUGCAUUCCUGAAAGUUAUUGCAGUAAGGUACAGUGGUUAAAUUUACAACUGGUCCUGGGCCAGCUUACUUUGCCCCCAAGUUCAACCUGAAGAACUUUUGCCCUUAUCUCUGAUCAGUGAUUGGAGGCAGAAGUUAUUUAAAGACUGAUAACAUUCUGUGUGGAAUAGGAAGUGCGGAUUUACAGACUAGCAGUGUUUAGCUUUCUUGAAAGGUACUGUAUUGCAAUGGAGUAGUUCAGAAAAGUUUACAAAUGGUCCUACCUAUUUUGCUUUGUCCCCGGACUGUACCCUUUGUCCCAUGCAGUGCUGUAGUGUGGUCAUCAAGACCCUUUACAACUUUAAAUUUGGCUUUAGGGUCAAAAAGGUCUCCCAACACGUGGUAUAAUGGGUGCCUGCCAAAGAAGGUUGCUGAAGCUAAAUUGCUUAGGCUGAUUUGAGUCGAUACAAACUGUUCUUCCAUUUAAUCUGCCUCCAGAUGAGCAGUUCUUUGUGCCAAUCAACCAUUGCUUUUCCACUGUAAACAAGAAGUGUGAUUGCACUAGAACCUUCCACAGCAGUGUGGAUAUUGCACUUUUUUGUGUAUUCAUCUUACUUGUUCUAUUCACUCUGGUAGGCAAGAUAUAUGGAUAGAGCCAUUAGGAAAAAUUAUGAGUGGCCAUUAGAAAAAUAGAUAAAUAAAGCAAUAAUCUUUAAAAAUUCAACUAUUUAGCACUGGACACUAGGUCACUUACGCAUAAUUGCCAGUUGUUUUGGCUCAAAACUGGGUCAGAAUUAUAGACUGGAUUUUUUUAAUUGGGUGGGUAGGGGAAAUCACAUUACUGAAAUGGUAGUGACUUAGGCCUGUUACAGACUGCCAAAAAUAAAGCUGCUUCGGGUCUCUUUGGAGGUAUGCUGUUUAAAUGAUGCAUGCAUCCUAAGAAUCCGGAAUCCAG